CAGAAUAAGAAAAAACAGUUAAGUAUAGGUGGUUGGUGUUGGUGAUUAUGGCUCUUGGUUUUCAAUGGGAGCCAGUCCAUGUUUUGAAAUUGACUGGAAAUGUAGGACAUGUUAUGCGUUUUAUUUUCCGGAAAAUGGAGCAUUGAGCCCGGCUUUUGCAUCGACGCAGACAUCUGGUUAAAAAAAACCCGUCUGGCAACAAGAUAUCAUUUAACUUGAACGUUCUGAAUGAGAAGGAGCAAUUGGCUCGAAAAAAACUGGAAAAAUAUCAGCUCUGACGAAGCCAAUUGCAAGCUAGUCAAGCAAUCCUAAAUUAGUUGAACCUAGUAUACUACCUUUGGUAGGUAAGAUCUCACCAUUGUAGUUCCAAGUUUCCAACCUGCCAGUGACUCCCUUACCUGUUGCUUGAGCAAAACCUGCCAGUGACUCCAAAUGCCUGGUCCAGAAGUUGAUAAAGCCUCCCAAGUUCCCUAUCGUCAGUGCUGAUGAAUAAUGCUUUGCCAACUGACAUCAUCAGCAGCUGAUGACUAGCACUAACACUACUACACUAGUGUCCUAUAAAAGCGUGAUCGGAUGCACAUCCGUUCCGACAAGCUCACUCCCACAGAUUUCAAGCUGCUUCGCGUAAAUGGCCAAGAAAAGCAUCCAAUACGUCGUGGUGGACGCCUUCACGGCCGAGCCGUUCAAGGGCAACCCCGCCGCGGUGUGCCUCCUCGAGGAUGAUGCCUCGGCGCCCACGGGGGACGCGCGCUGGAUGCAGUCCGUCGCCGUCGAGUUCAACCUCUCCCAGACCGCCUUCCUCUCCCGCGACUCCUCCUGCCCGGCCGACGCCGCCACCCCGCGGUUCCACCUCCGCUGGUUCACCUCCGUCACCGAGGUUGCGCUCUGCGGUCACGCCACGCUGGCGUCCGCGCACUUCCUCUUCACCUCCGUCCUCGCGGAGCACGGCGUGGUCGAGUUCGCCACCAAGUCCGGAAUCCUGACCGCCAAGAAGGUCCCCGCGCCGGAGACGGAGGAGCAGGGAAAGCUCUUCAUUGAGCUCGACUUCCCCUCCAGUGAUUUUGUGUGUUGUGGCUCGGCCGACGAGCUGCCGUCGAUCCCGGACACGCUCAACGGCGCCUCCGUCGUCAGUGUUCACAAAUCGGUGGCCACCACCGACUUCAUUGUGGAACUUUCAUCUGGAAAAGAGGUUGCCGAUGUACUUCCUAACAUCGAAGAAAUAAAAAAAUGUGCCGGCAGAGGUGUGAUUAUUACAGGACCGGCACCUGCUGGAUCUGGUUAUGACUUCUUCACGCGUUUCUUCUGCCCCAAGUGGGGGAUAGAUGAGGAUCCUGUUUGUGGCAGUGCACAUUGUGUUUUGGCACCCUACUGGGCUAAAAAGUUGGGCAAACAAAAACUGGUAGCGUUUCAGGUAUCUCCAAGGAGUGGAGUGCUAUACCUGGAGCUGGAUGCUGCGAAUCACAGAGUGCGACUUCAGGGAGAGGCCGUUACUGUUAUGGCUGGGACACUCUUCGCGUAGCUAUCAUGUUGCCAUCCACUCCAGGCACAAGCGUUCAUGGACUCUUGAUGUGAACUACAUUGAAAUAAAAAUAUAAUUGCUGCAUAUAUGCUAGUUUAACUCUAAAUCGAUCAGUUUUACGGGAAUAAAAACACUUGCUGAGCA